CACGGCUUAGAAAUGGAAUAAUAUCUGACAGAACAGGAACUCCGAGUUGCAUUACAAAGAUAUAGUUUUACAAUGCAAGGCAGUGGAGGAUGGGGAGAAGAACCCAUGAAAACAACAGGAGUAAAUGAUUGUCUUUGUUCAAACUAUGGAGCCUCUGUUAUUAUUUAUAACCUUCAUAAAUUAGAGCCUGUGUGUGCAUCUCUGCCUCUUUAUCGCCCUCCUGUCUAAGAAAGGCCAACACUACUGUAUGUGCUGAAGUGUUGGCAGGACACAUUUCACUUUGCACUCUGUACUUUGUUUACUUUGAUCAUUAGAGUAAGAGUUUAUUUAAGUUAACAAGUCAUCUGUCAGACCCUCUCAGAUCAUAUGUAGCAUUUGUCUCCGCAGAAGAACACAGGAUCCGUAAUCAUUCUUACUGUUGGCGUCAACCUGUUUCCCCCUCACCCUCAGAUUGUCAUGGUAACGUGUGUCUCAGGUCUGCAGGCAGAUGUGGAGUUGAUGAAGGCUUCGGCAGAGAGACACAAAGAACUUCUGGUUGAGAAAGAGAGGGAGUUAGUGAGGAGGGUGCAGGCUGCCCGUGAGGAGGAGCUCCGGAAAACUGCCAUCCUGCACGAGGAGAAGUUGGAGGUGGAGAGCCGUCUUGCAGCUCUGGAGCAGCAGAGGGCGCUGCAGGCUGCUGCAGAGCACGGCCAGCAGGAGGAGUGCGAGCAGCGGCUCCGGAGCUGCCAACAGGCCGAGGAGUCUGUCCGCAGAGAGCUGCUCUCCCUCAGAGGCAAGCUCCAGCUGCAGAGCGUCCAGCAGGAGGAACUGGAGAGGCAGAGAGCAGAGACGGCUGACCUGCAGCAGCAGAACCAGGAACUAGGUGUUCAGCUUGGCACGCUGUCGCACUCUGAGAGCGAGCUGCUGGAGGCAAACCAGCGCCUGAGAGAAACCCUGGAGCGCCUGAGGGAGGACGUGAGGGGGGCUCGGGCUCAGGCUGAGAGGAGCCAGCAGGAGGCAGAGAGGCUGGUGGAGGAGCGCCGGGUGGAGUGGUUGGAGGAGAAACACAAACUGCAGGAGCGAGACGCUGAGCUGCAGCACAAAUACUCUCAGGUGAAGGAGAAGCUGCAGAGGGCGGCGGCGGCACAGAAGAAGGUACCACUGCUGUGACACUCUUCUCAUUUAACAUUCACACUCAGAGAACAGCUCAGGGUGAGGGAGUCAGGG